UUUUGGUUGAUCUGCUGCCAGAUAAUAAUAUGUUCAGUAUCUAUUAAAAAAAAAAAAACAUUUCAAAUUGUGUUUUGACUUAAACAUUAAGAUUUUUUCAUUUCUUUAUACGAUAUUGUUAAUAUAAAUAGUUCUGAAAAUAAUUAAGAAACAGUUUUGAGGAAAGCAAAAUGAAUGUACCCAUUCGUCGUAUUUUGAAGACUCCCAAUAUCUGAAAAAAUGUUAGCCUUUUGAGAUAAUUUUUAAUAUCAGUGUCUGAAAAAUGUGAAAAAUGUCCAAAGAAGAAUUCUUAAAAAAAAAUAAAUUUAAAGCAAAAUCUGAAAACAUUAAGGACCGAAAUAUGCAUUCUGAAUUUCAAAGUAACAAGGAAAUUAAGGGCGAAAUAUUACAAAAAUUUGAUUUUAUAUUUGGAGGGAGUACUCCAAGAGCAGUUUCAACAUCCACUGGUUCAAUAGGUGGCGGCAAUGAUGAUUCUGGAAUUGGAAAUAGCGUUGGGAGCAAUUUGAAAAAAGAAAGUGACGCUGAAAAGAAUAUUAGCUCGUGUUCCACUUUGGAUAUUGAUAACAAGGUGGAACUUUCAGCUACAUCAGAGUUGCAAACCAAAAUAAAGGAAUUGAAAUUAAAAUUACAAAAAUCGGAAAAUGAACGUGAGGAUUUCAAGCGCCGUUUGGAAGAUUCAAUGGAAGAAAAAGAUCGUUGCUACAGGCGUCUCGAGGUAAUAAGUGCUGCUCAUGAAAGUCGUAUAACGGAAAUGCACUGCGUGAUUGCAGAAUUAAGCAAAAAAUUGCGUAAUAAACAGGAUAAUAUAAUUUUAGAAGAAAAUGAACCCGAUGGAAGUGAAAUAAGUUAUCAGGAAGGUUCAAUUUAUAAUUCUGAAUUAAAUUUGACUAACCCGGAUGCUGAAUGCCAAACUGAACCUAUUGAAGGAGAUUUCAACAACUCAUUUGGCGAGGAUAUUAAAGAAGACUUUCAUAAUGACACUGUAGCGAAAACACAAGUUGAAGCAUUGCAAGAAGAAGUAUUUCACUUAAAAGCUCAAAUAGCGCUGUUAGAAUCCCAAUUAGCUAGUAAUAACGAAGAAUCAAGUCCAGAAGCACAACGAAAUGAAAGAAAUAUUCUGUGUAAAAACGAUGAAAUUUUGAAUGCUGAAAACGAGGAACAAAAUGAUUUAACAGGCGAUUAUAUUGAUGAGCCUUUACUUGAAAGAGAGGCAAAUAAAUUUAUAGAACACCCUCUCCUCAAAGAUAGAGAAAGUGAAGAAUUCUAUAAGACUGAUGAUAAUGAAAUCACAGGACAGAUAAUAGAAAAAACGCCUAUAAAAGAUAUAUUCUUAAAUAUUAUUGAAGAUAGUGCCUGCAAUAAUAAUGGUAGUGCCAUAAAACAAUCUGCAACAAAAUAUUUAAGCAACUAUAACAACAUUAUCAAGUCGCAAGAAAUUUUAAUUCCAAAAAUGGCAGAACGCGUUAAGUUACGACGCACAAUUGAGGAAAAACAUAUCACAGGAUCAGAUUCACUCAACACAAACUUAAACAGAACAGAACUUGUUGAACAUCUUGUAUCCAGUAUUACUCAAGAUAAUAAUUCAAUUAGCAAUUUGGUAGAACCAUCACAACUUCAUACGGAAUUCGAAAGAUUACAACGUAGAAUAGAACAUUUUAAAACACGCAAUUCGGUACUCUCACUCACUCUGUACGAGGUAAAGGAACACUGUGACUAUCUUUAUCUACUUUGCGGAAAAUAUGAAUCAAAUGCAGUUGCGUUGCAAUGUGCUUUGAAUUGUAGUGAUAGGGCUAUUGAAGCUUAUGAUGUUAUGUUAGCCUUGUUGGAAAGCAAGCUUGCAAUUCUGAAAGAAAAAACAUCAGCUGCAGAAGAAAGUAGACAAGCUGUAGAAACUGUUGCAAGACAUUUAUUAGAUAGAUUAGAGAGUGAAAAAAAUUUGGCAGAAAAUAGUUUAGGGCCGUGGCAAAAUGCUUUCUGUAUUAACAAUUCGCAACCUAUUGAGCCGUGGACUGCAGAAGAUGAUAACAGGUUGAGAACUCAUGUUUCAAAAUUGAAGGGCCGGCGUUCAACUGUUCAAAAUACAAUUGUUAACUUAGAAUCACCAUUUAGUUCGUAUUAUGAAAAAAUAAGAACAGCCAUAGAAACUGAUAAGGACGUGCAACCAGAUAAUUCCAAAAUGGAUUUGGAAAUGGCAGUUUUGAUGCAAGAACUAUUAAGUUUAAGAGAAGAUAUAAUUGAAGCAAAACAGAAGAGAAGUGAAGCUGAAAAAGAGAAGCAAAUGGCAGUGGAAAAAAUAUAUUUGUUACAAGAAACACUUCAACAGCUUCAGACACAGCUUACGGAUUCCGAAACAUUAUUUAAUUUGACGUCUAAGGAUCGUUCUUCUUUUUCGGAGGCAGAUCAUGCUGCUUUAAUAGAAAGACAAUUAGUUGAAGCUUUAACUCGUGAAUCUGAACUAAAAAACCGUAUACAAAGUUUAAUAGGCUCAGUGGCUGUAUCAAAAAAGUAUGAUCAAGUACAAACCAAUUUGGUUGAAUUACAAAAAAUCAACUUUAAUCUAUCUCAGUCAUUAGAACAGUCGAAGAAAAAAUAUCAAUCAAAAAUCAAACGUUUAGAACAAAAGAUACUUGAAAUGAAUUUGGAACUUGGUCAACUACAUAAUAAACCCAAUGACAUUGUUCCUGAGACAACCUUAUAA